UACUUGUCAAAAUCACACAUCAAUAAUAACAAUGUGUGGUUGUAUUAAGUGAUAAUUAACUGAAGGGUCUUAUUCACGGCAGCUCCACAAUCUCGACUUUUUCUGCUACUUCUUUCUUGGCCUAGAUGUUUGCUUUAGCAUGCUAUGAUUUCCUAUGUUUUUCAACUUUCCCAUUGGGAGAUACGCUGGCAAUCAAAAGUCCAAAAGAAUCCACAAAAAGCCUUCUGGAGUUUUGGCAAGAAAACAAAGAUAAGACUUUGAGAGAGACCAUUAUCUUCAACCAAGCUAGUUCCACAGUAAUGGUGCUUGUGCUUCCUGUUCCUGUUCUUGUCUAAGGUUUUUUUUUCUUUCUCUGGCUAUCUCUUGUUUGGGCCCAUUUGAGAUGGGUGACAACAAAGGAGAUACAACCAAGAAGCAAACACCCCAGCAAACUCAUCAACAACAACAACUCUCGUCUUCUCCCAAAGAGGCCCUUGAGGAGUCCUCAGAAUCAGGGCAAAAGCAUCUACAGCAACUAUCAGCUGUUGUGGAAACGGCCACUGGACCUCCUUUCAUCUCGGCGCCUUUAUAUGUCCCAACUGGUACAACUUCUCCCUAUGAACAACAAUACGAGUCAGUCAAUCCUAAGAGACCUCGAUACAACAGUGGCCAAUGGAAACUACUUCCAUCCCCAUCUUCCUUACAGUCACAAACUCAAAUGGCUAUAAUCACCAGCGAAUCAAGCCCGUCACCGACCACAAACCCUAUAAAUCCACAAUCCCAAGUUCAUACCACAGCCGCUUCCUCCUCAGACACAGCCUCAUCUCCACCCUCCUCUCCCCUCCCGUCCACGACCUCAGGCCAAGAAACCAACAAACCAGAAGGAGAGCAAUUUCAUAACCAAUUCAGAAAGGGGAAAUAUGUCAGCCCCAUUUGGAAACCGAAUGAAAUGUUGUGGUUAGCAAGGGCUUGGAGGAUUCAAUAUCAAGGUGGGUCUGAUGCGUCGGGCUCUUCUUCAAGAAUUGUUCACCAAGAGACCGGUCAUGUUACAGGCAGCGAUGCUGCAGUCCAAUCCACAAGAAGCAAAACUAGGGCUGACAAAGAUAGGGCAGUAGCGGAGUUUUUAAACAAACAUGGGAUCAGUAGAGAUGCCAAAACUGCUGGAACUAAGUGGGAUAAUAUGCUAGGUGAGUUUAGGAAAGUGUAUGAAUGGGAGAGAGGAGGUGAAAAAGAACAAGUUGGCAAGAGUUACUUCAGACUUUCUCCUUACGAGAGGAAACUGCAUAGAUUGCCCGCUUCCUUUGAUGAGGAAGUCUUUGAGGAGUUGUCUCAGUUCAUGGGGCCUCGCAUGAGAACUUCUCAAAGCAGAGGAGCUUCUGCAAUUGCUUCUAGUGAUGAUGCUCGGCCAAUUCUUUCUGGUUCUAGAGCUCUGCUUCCUCCCCCUCCUUUCAAAGAAGAUGAACUUCCUCUUUUUGUUCUCAAUAUAGCUAAACCAAGACGCUGGUGUUAUUUUAUGUUAUCUCCUUUAGUGAGGACUAAACAACUGGUAACAACUAGUGGAGGUGAUACCUUCUUUCAUGGAACUAGAGGAAGCCUGUUAGGAUUCGACACUUCACUAGACGUUGGUGUUGCUCUCCCUUAUUCUUCUUCUUCAAAGGAACUUCGUAGAAUUGGGAAGAUAAGAAUGACAUGGGAGGAGUCAGUUAGUUUAUGGGCAGAAGAAGGUGAGCACCAUAGAGGAAGAGUGAGACUUCAAGGUUCAAGCUUUUUGAAUGCAGAUGAACUCACAUUCUUUGAUGAUGCCGUGGUAGCUUGCACAAUGGAAGCCUUUGAAGAUGGCCCUCUAAAAGGUUUCACUAUAGAUAGAUUCGUUAAUGGCCAGCAAGUGAAAGUCUUUGGCAGGAGAAAUUCCUCAGCAGCUUCUGCAUCUUCUGGUACAAACAUAUUUGUUAAUGUUUCUUAUUCUGGAACUGUUCAGAAAUUUCAAUCUAAAACAAUGCCUCCAUUGGAGUUCCAAGAUCCGACAGACUACUAUGUGGGGUGCCUUCGAGUUCCCCCAACGACACUGCCUAGCUUGUUUGAGCUUUCAUGGCACUUACAAGAGCCACUACCCGAGGAAUACCGAUUUCCCCUAAGGAGAGAUGUGUACCGAGAUUUGCCACCUGGUAAAGAAGCUUUAUUUACUAUUUCUAAUGAACUGUUAGAUUGUAGAGCUAUCCUAUAUGAUAUUUUGAGCCCAAUUAUCCGCACCAACCCUAGUCUUAGUGCAGCUACUGCCACAGGCAGAGACUCGUAUAUUGGCCUUUGGGAUGAUUGCAUCAAUAGGGUUGUGUCCAAAUUUUGUUCCGUGGAAAUGGUUAUUAUUCGAAAACCUUCUUCGUCAUUGACUGAGCCAUUGCAGGAUCAAUGGCCGAACGUGACAGGUUUUGUUAGAAAUUUUUGCUUGUGGAGGGGAGAGGAGACUGAUCAACUGAGGGAAGGGCAACUUGACCCACCAUCUUCUAUUGUGGAGAAGCUGCUAUGGACUUACAUGGAUCUUCCGUAUCUAUUAGGCUAUUAUGCUGUUGGCUACAUGGUAACAUUAUGCGCAUUAAGCCGGUCACAAGAUCGCAUUAUCAGGACGGAUUUAUAUUCAGUAGAUCUAUCCUCCCCCUCGGAGAGACUAAAAGCCCUAGUGCCUUGCUGUAGAAUAGCAGGCCUGUUACCUUUGCUGGCUGAUCGAUGCUUCAAUAACGUCAAUAAUGUUGGCUCUUACAAGCAGUUCCUAUUCAGUGAUUUUGAAAGAAUUGAUUUGGGGAAUGGAAGUAAAAUGGAAAUGACACCAAAUACGGUGAUAAGAUCAUUCUCGAGCAAGAAAAAAUGGGCAGCAGUGAAAGAAAUAUAUAACAUCUUGGAUCAUCGAAUUCCACACUCUGAAUUUAUUUGUCGGGCAUCUGAGAAGGAUCUUACAUUAGUGUUUAAGCCCAGAGGGUGCAAAUCCAGGCCCAUAAACUGUGACCAGCUUGUGGAAGCUCUCAAGUACGUGACAAAAGCAUUGGUAGCUCUGCAUGACUUAUGCUUCAUGCACAGGGACUUGUGCUGGGACAAAGUGCCUAGAAGGAGCGACAGAGAAAACGAAUGGUUCGUUUGCGGGUUCGAGGAGGCAGUGGUUGCACCACAAAUAAACCCUCACCCAGCGGUAACUGCGGAGGCGGGUGGAAGGCACGCUCCAGAGAUGGGGAGGGGGUUACAUGGGGUGAAAGUGGAUGUAUGGGGGGUAGGCCACUUGGUUAACACUUGUGGGCUCACGAACAUGCCUAAAAUGCUGAGGGAGUUGCAAAAUAGGUGCAUGGAUCAGAACCCAGAGCAGAGGCCAACUGCAGCUGAUUGUUACCACCACUUGCUGCAGGUGCAGUCAGCCUCAUCCAGUGCACCCUAUUGAAGUGACACGAUGACAGAUUAACAAUUUACCAAUAUUUUUCCAUACCUAGUAUUAAGAAUCCUUUUAUGUCACAUUAAUU